CCAAAUAUGUGGAGUGACAAACACAGUGACAAACCGAGUGACAAACCUGUGAUAUUCUGGACCUUUGACAGACCGGCCAGGAAAUAUCAUCCUACAGCCAAGAUCAUUUGUGCACUGCUGGUGUAAAGCAUGUUCUUGUGGCAAUAUCUGACACCGCUCCUGCUGAUAGCUGCUCAAAUAUGCAAAGUUCAGACAUGUGACGAGUUUACAGAUCUAAAUUUCGGUCAUGCGUUCAUUGGUACCAGCAUCAGCAUAAGGUUGCUGCUGUACACCAGGGAAAAUGGCACCUGUGGUACCCUCCUGUCCCACACCAACCUGUCUGCCCAUCCCCAGUUCAAACUGUCCAGACCUACCACCUUCGCCAUUCAUGGGUAUCGGCCCACCGGAUCUCCACCGGUGUGGGUGGGCAACAUCACGGAGCUGCUGCUGUACAGGAAAGACGUUAAUGUCAUAGUGGUGGACUGGAACCACGGAGCUGCCAAUGUGAAUUACUUUAAGGCAGUGGAGAACACACACAAGGCAGCCGCCAACCUCACUGCUUUCAUUAAAAGGAUGCAGGAACAUGGUGCCUCUCUGAGCUCCAUCCACUUGAUUGGAGUCAGUCUCGGGGCUCAUAUAUCAGGUUUUGUAGGCGCUAACUUGAAUGGGGCAAUAGGAAGAAUUACAGCUCUGGAUCCUGCUGGGCCUCAGUUCACUGGCACUGCUCCAGAGGAUCGACUGGACUCCAAAGACGCCCAAUUUGUGGAUGUCCUGCACACAGACAUAGAUGCCCUGGGCUUCAGAGAACCUCUGGGUCACAUCGAUUUCUAUGCAAAUGGAGGAACAGACCAGCCCGGCUGCCCAAAGACCAUCUUUUCUGGAGGAUCUUAUUUUAAAUGCGACCACCAGAGGUCAGUGUUGCUCUACCUUGAAUCUUUGAAUCAGACAUGUGCCAGCAGGGCCUUCCCCUGCUCGUCCUACAGUGAAUUUCUGGAUGGUAACUGCUUGAACUGUGACCGGUUUGGUGCUGCUGGAUGUCCUGUCUUUGGCUAUGACAUCACAAUGUGGAAAGACAUCCUGCUGAAGCUGGGCCACACAAAAACUUACUUCACAACGACUACCAAGUCUCCAUUCUGCAUGUCAGGCUACAGGGUGGAUGUGAUGAUAUGGAAUAAGGAUAUUCGCUGGGGUUACAUUACUGUUAAACUUCAUUAUAAAGGAACAGAAGCAGUAGCAACCAUUGACCAUAAAUCCUUAAAGUUCCAGAAGUACACAGAGACCAGGUUGUUCGCCCAGUUCGACAAAGACAUCCCGUCAGUGCACAAGGUGUCUCUCAAAUUCUCCAAUGGGAAUGUAUUCAAGCCUAAAUAUAAACUCCGUGUUCUCCGAAUCCGUCUCACACAUCUGGAGCGUAAGGAGAGGCCUCUGUGUCGAUAUGACAUCGUUCUUGAGGAGAAGCGGGAGGUCACCUUCAGGCCCAUUCCAUGUGAAGAAUCCAACUUCUGAGGCAAAGUGAGACCCCGUGUCCCAAAGUUCACUGCUCGCUCUGGCUGAGGUCCGGCUGACUCGUCCGUCCCUCCAGGAACGCACAGGAAAACAAUAAAGACUGAAAAAGUAGCAUCAAUAAGCUGCGACCUGGCAGCCAAAUAUUUGCUAACACAAUGUGAACGUUUGUGUUUCUGAAAGUGAAAUGUGAUGUACCGCUGUAUAUGAUGUGUAUGUGUUUUUAAGAGAAAAUAUCUGUGUGCUUGCAUUUCGCUCGCAGUGAAAAUUAGAAAAUGAAUCUCAAAUGAUUUAUGAUGACAGG